AUGGGCCGCGACGGCGAUGCGCCUGUGCUCGAGCCUCGAGGGAGCACAGAGGUCGCCGGUUCGCCGUCGAGAUGGUUCGGCGAACCUGCAUCCGGUCCGUCCAGGUGGCACAGACGACGAUGCCCUCGACCACCUGAAACCUCACGUCGCGCCGCAGGCGUGCUCGACAUGUUCGUCGUCCAAGCCCGCAAAAUCACUCGUUUCGCAUCCGUCACUCUCUUCGCAUUCCGUCCCUCGUUCACGUCAGUCGUUUCAGAUUUCGCAACCAUCACGCUCCUUACCGUCGACAAUGAGAUUCACCUCUGGACUUUCGCUCCUUCUCGUGAGCUCGGGCUCGCUGGUCACCUCGCGGCCGGCCCCCGACGCCGGUCAGUCCACUUCCCGCAGGGGCCUUGGAUGGCACGAAGGCGAGAAUGCGCACAGCUGACGGCCGCAGCCUGUGACUUGGUCGCGCGGGACGGCGCUGCCGACGGCGAGACCAGCAUGGCCAAGAGGGCUCAGGAUUUCGUACACGACUUGCAGAGUCACGUCGACCUGCCCGACCUGCCCGACCUGCUGACGAGGGGCAUGGCGACGUUGGACGAGUACACGAGCGACGACGACGGCAUCGACCUCGCCACCCGUGCGCUUCCGUCGGGGGGUGCCAGGACCCUUCACGCACGCAUCAAUCGCGUACGGUUUCCCCUUGAUCCGCGAGGGCACACCGAGACUGACGGGGUGGGGACGUCACAGGGCGACAUCGACCUCAACGAGGCGGCGAGGGACGGCGCGGCGCGGCUGCAGGAGACGGCGAGCGACGUCGACUUCAACCUCCUCGCGGACCAGGGCCUCGCCGUGCUCUCGAGAUCGGUGCGGGAAAACGACCUGAACUCGCUCGUCAUGCGGUGGCUCGAGGCUCGGGCCCAGCCGAGCGUCGGCUCCCCGACGAAGCGCGGCCUCGUCGAGACUGCCAUGUCGACCCUCCUCAGCAGCGGCACCAUGGAGAGCCUCGCCAAGACGGGUGCCAAGGUGGCCAUCCGGAUGGCGCGCGACGUCGACUUCAACUCGCUCGCCAACAAGGGGCUCGACUACCUGAACUCGGUCGUCGGCGGCACCGACCUCAACCAGGCGGCGGCCAAGGGUGCGAAGAAGGUCGGCAAGCUCGUCGAGCGGACGGAUCUCAACUCGCUCGCGUCGCGCGGGUUGGAUGUGCUCAUGAGCUAA